ACCGUGCAGCCCCCUCAUCAAUAUCAUUUAAAUUUAAAUUAAUACAAUUUUUAAUCAAUAUGUUUUGUUUUUGUUAGGAAUCUGUCAAGAAGCAGCUUUUGAAAAGGGUGUAGAAUGUGACUCCAACCAAAAAGAAGCAGGGAGCAACUCCUUCAAGAAAGCGGCGACGAGACAUGAACCUUGAAAGCAGCAGCAGUCAAGAGACAUUUGCUGAGGACACAGAGUCAAGUGGCUCAACUGUGAUCUUGGAAAGAUCCACCCCAGAAUCAAGAGGCAGCCCAGAGGCUAAUGACGUGGAUGAAGAACCUGAAACACCUGACAGCCGACAGAACCAGGCAAGACAUUACAAAGUUCUGCAAGAGUUAUACAAGUCCAGGCCCACACUCAACAAGAAGGAUGUCGCCCAGCUGUUGGACCUUGAAUACCAAGCGAGACGGGCUUACAUUGACUCUGAUGUUAUGAAGGAACAGGACAGACCCACCAAAAUUCUACAAGCUUAUCCCUGCUUCAGAGAUCUGGAUCAUAUAAUGGAUGAACUUCAUCGAAUCCUCAAUCUAGGAAACCCCCACUUCAUCUCAGAACUAAAGAAUCGCUGGAGGAUCUUUUUUGAGAAGGCCCAGUUUUAUGGAGUUUUCAAAAAAGUGCUGAAGCCUCCAAUGGGAGAUAAAGUCAACCAAACUAUUGCCUUGAUGAAGGCCUUGCCAGAGAUGUUCCCAUCACCUGUCACUCCACCCAAGAAGCUAGGACAUUCAAGUGAGGUGAUGCUUCACAUUCUUGAGGUAAGAUGUCUAUGCAUAGACAUGCGUGAUAUAUACUUGAUCAUAGUUUUUAUUUUUGGCAUCGUUUUUCUUUUUCUGUUUCAGCCUGCAGAAUACCCCAACACUUUUCUUCACUCAAGACCACUCUUCAGUCCUGUGGUGAUUGUCUGUGACACCAACUGCAUACUGGCCAUUGGAACCAUGCCCGUGCUGAUCUUCCCAAAGGAGGACAUAUUUGACAGUGUAAUGUAUGUCAUGGCAUGUUACUAUACCUUUCAUCUGACAUAUCCCAAGUGCAUCGCUACACUGAUAUCGGUGCUGCAGAUAGAAGUCCUUAUGGAUGCUAUCCAUGCUCGGGACAUGACUUCCUCUUACAAAAAAGCUACGGCAGAGUGGAAGAAGUUUACUGAAUAGGCUUGUUCUGUGUUACAAUGUUCCUGUGCUAUAAUGCUACUGCUGUUCAUGUUGUUCGGUUUAAAUGUUUACUGACAUGAUUGGGAAAGUGUAAAGAUUUUGUGCUAGUUUUAUAAGUUAUAACAUUGCCUGUUGUGCUCUGCUUAUGGCGAUUUUGGGUUUUCUGUAAUAAGUAUUUUUUCUUUUUUUCUUGUUUUCAUAGUACAUUGAUGAAAAUGUCUGUUGUAAGUUUCGCUGUAUCCUAUCCCAGUGAGAUUCCAUUCCAGUGAGAUACUUAUUGUUAUGUGAUCUACUGCACUGUUUGCAGUCAUCCACAUCUCUAUCUUUCAAGCUAGAUAAACAAUAGUCAUGCUUUUUUUCCCAUUCAUGUGCAUCUCAAAUCCAAUAAAAGCAGUCAAAAGGA